CGAGGUCCCGCGAGCAUCAUGUCAUUGAACGUCACCACCAAGUUGCCUGCGCUGAGGACAGUGCGGCAAAUUGCCCCGAGAAAUCGAUCAGCAACUUCGGUGCAGAGGCGGUGUUUUUCAUUUAGGUCGUUCUGGAGCAAGUCUGCAAGUUCCGCAGAGCAGGCGGAAUGGAGCCCCGCGAUUGACGGCCCUCAUCGGCGGAGCAAGCUGCAGGUCAGAGAGCAACAAGAGAAGGCACUCGCAGAGAAGGCAGCACAAGAAUACCCAGUUCCGGAAGAAUCAGAAGUUGGUCAGGUCGACGGUGCACCAGCUAAACAUAUUUCUGUGGAAAUUGACGGAAAUGCUCGAGUCUUUGAUACCGCGUUCCUGCGGGACAGCUGCUCGUGCUUGCAGUGCAAAGACCCACACAGCAAGCAGAAAGUCUUUCAAACUUCAGACAUUCCGGAAGAUCUAGAAGGGAGCCAUAAACUUGUCGAAGAUGAGGAGAAGGGCCCUUCGAUCGAAGUCCAGUGGAAGAAUGACGUAAAGGGAUAUGGACCAGACCACCGCACACGGCACUCGAUUGACUGGCUGCGAAGAGCAAUUCACCAAGAGGUCGAGCUAAGAGGUGGCGUACGGCACGAUGAACGAGUGCUUUGGGACAAGCAAAGAAUCACAAGAGACAACAAGUGGCUCGACUACAACGACUACAUGUCUCAGGACGAGGUUCUCUACGACGCCCUCACCCACCUGCACAAGUAUGGCCUGCUCUUCAUCAAGAACGUACCUGAGUCCGAAGAGUCAGUAGUAAAGCUCUCAGAGCGCAUCGGUAACCUCAAGGACACGUUCUACGGCCGCACCUGGGACGUCCGCUCCAAAGCCAAAGCCGAGAACAUCGCCUACACGCCCCAAUUCCUCGGACUCCACAUGGACCUCCUCUACACCUCCAACCCACCACACCUGCAGCUUCUCCACUCCCUUCGCGCUCGAACUCCUGGCGGCGAAUCGUUCUUCAGCGACGCCUUCAACGCCGUCCACCAACUGCAGCGCUACUCAGCAUUCCACUUCCGCACCCUCUGUACCUUCCCCGUAACAUACCACUACCACCACCCAACCCACCACUACCACUUCACCCGGCCAAUAAUCGAGCUCUUUCCCUACCCAAAAUACAGCGAGCCUACGAAUCUCGCCAUCCGUCGCGUAAACUGGUCACCACCUUUCCAAGCCCCCUUCGAAGCCCGCAUCGGCAGCAACAACCAGACAUCUUUCCGCUCAUUCAUCGCUGCGUCCCACGCGUAUGAGAGGCUGCUCAGUGCGGAGGAGAAUCUGUAUGAGUACAGGCUGAAUGAGGGCGAGUGUGUGAUUUUUGAUAAUAGGAGGGUGCUCCAUGCCAGGAAGGCGUUUGAUGCGACGAAGGGGGAGAGGUGGCUCAAGGGCGCGUAUGUGGAUGAUGAUGUGUUCUUUAGCAAGUUGAGGGUGUUACAGGAGAGGUAUGAGGGGAGUUGGAAUGCGGAGGGGACGGUGAGGUAUGCUGUCAAGGGAGAGUAGGGCGAAGAGGUUUUAGAGGGAGGGUUGCGUUGUAUAGUGUUGGGGUGUUGUAUGGGAUGUGUACAUAGCGUAUGGGUGUGAAACAGUCUAUACAUACUACAGGCCCUUGACGGGUGUUUCUUUUGUUCACAAAGUCAGAGCGUUCGUACCGAAUACUGAAGUGAGCGAUAGUACCCACUUCGUACAAAGGAAGAGACGAUGCGCAGCGAGAUACUGUGUACAUGGAUAUCGACUAUUCGCAUUAACUGAACAGGCGCGUUGAGUGCACGGGCACGGCAUGGUUGCCGGGGCAACGGCGGGCUUCUUCGAGAACGAGUU